CAAUGGCAACGCCUCGACUUCUCCCACAGUUUCACGCGCAUUGUCUUACGGUUCUCACGUGUUAUUGCACUUUUCCCGACCCGGUUACACUGCCGAAUACUACAGUAUUGUCGUCGGUCGUGUGUGGCACAGUUAAGUGUUUGUACAAGUUUCCAUAAGGCGUCGCAGCAGACGUUUGUGACUCACUCGCUCGUUUUGUGAUUGAUUUUCCGUGAAUUUGCCUUUGUAUGAGUGCAUGUCGCUAAUGGUAAUCAGUCGCUAAUAGUUAGCGAGCGUCGGCCAGUGUUUGUGUAUGAUGGUAUUGUUGGGGCCUACUCUCCCGUCUCCCGCGCCGAGGAGACAGUGUUGAGCCCCCAGUGAUGUUCUCAGCCUUAGCCUACCAGUUAUCUACUAAGUUUCUGGAAGAACAAAAGUGUUCGUGCUUAGAGCCGCGAGUGAAGCGCCGCGCCAUGUCGAAGAAGCCGGCUGCGCAGCCGACGCUGCACAAAGUGAUCAUGGUGGGCUCCGGCGGCGUGGGCAAGUCCGCGCUCACGCUGCAGUUCAUGUACGACGAGUUCGUCGAAGACUACGAGCCUACUAAGGCUGAUAGCUAUAGGAAGAAGGUGGUACUGGACGGCGAGGAGGUACAGAUCGACAUCCUGGACACGGCGGGGCAGGAGGACUACGCCGCCAUCCGGGACAACUACUUCCGCUCCGGCGAGGGCUUCCUCUGCGUCUUCUCCAUCACCGAGCCUGAGAGUUUCGACGCCACACAGGAGUUCAGAGAACAGAUCCUCCGCGUGAAAAACGACGAGAACAUUCCGUUCCUGCUGGUGGGCAACAAGUCCGACCUGGCCGACAAGCGCCGCGUCCCGCUCGACGCGUGUCGCGAGCGUGCGCAGCACUGGCAGGUGCCCUACGUCGAGACCUCCGCCAAGACACGGGAUAACGUCGACAAGGUGUUCUUUGACCUGAUGCGCGAGAUCCGGUCGCGCAAGUCUGACGACAGCCGCGCCACCAACGGAGACGUCAAGGGGAAAAAGCGGAGGAAAAUCAAGUGCGCCAUAUUGUAGGCGCCACCUCACAUCACCACCACUUGACGAGUUACUACGCGAUCUCACAUGGUUACGAUAUAUCGGGCGGCCGCCUGCCGGCUCCAGUGUCCGGCAGUGUCCGGCAGUGUCCGGCGUGUCCGACAGUGUCCGGAGCGCGCCGCGUCCGCUUGGCUUGUCUUGUUCAGUGAUAUUGUCUCAACCUGUGCAGUGUGCAGUGAACCUUACCGGGGAGCCGCGGGAACACACGGCCGUGCGAUACCUGUCACAUGUAGCAGCAAUACAAUAACAUAAUUAAUUUAUAAUGCAAUGCAAAAUGUUUGAAUUUAGUCUAAAACUAUAUUUAUUUAUAUAAUGUUUACUUGCAUGUGACGGAUAUCGCCCGCGCUCCACACUCAUACAACACAUCUUGUAAAUUCGUCUCCUGUAUUUGGAACUGUGUGCCGACGACGUAAGGUCGAGGAUCGCGCGACUCGCGUCACGGUACCACAUGUACUAGGUAUAAGCAGGCUAUUGUAAAUGUUAAUAUAUUUCGCCCACUUUGGUGCUUGCAUUUAUCGAAUACUGUUUGUUAUGAUACAGUCGAAAAUAUUUCAAAUAUUAAUGAAGUAAAAGAAGUGUUUUAUAUUUUUGCUCAAUCUAUGGCUUUGAAAGCUGUCCUCUAUUUGUGGACAGGAAUCAUAUUUUGGCAUGUUUUAAUUCUGAUCUACAUAAGUCGAUGUAAUAAGUGAAUAUUUUUGUAGUUGGUACACGUAGAAGUGAGUGUAACCCAGUUGUGCCGCCUCAUCACAAACAGAAUUCCAUAAGUUAGUGAGUAAAUGAUUGUUGUAUCAAAGCUUAGCUUCGCGUCAGCGCCGACCUCACUCUCUGUGUAGGUACACACACAACGAUGUGCACACUUUCAUAUUGUGGGACUUACUUGUUAGUAUAAAAAUAUAAGAAAUGCUAUCCACCUUGUUAGCACCCUAUUGCCUACAAGCUGGCUCCUGAAAAGCUGGCCUAAACAAGAAAGUACAUAAAACUUGUAGGCUUAUUUUACAACUUCAAAAAACAGAUAUUUGAUUUUCUUGUCCCCCAUAAUAUGAAACGUGGCACGUUCUCACACACUCGUACACGCAUGGUCGGUAGCAUAAGUUUUGUAUUUAUUUUCUAUGUAUAAGUGCUAAAUGUAUGUGUAAUGUGUCCAAGGGGGUACUGUUUGUAUGUGUUCGCUCAAAUAGUAUUUUAUACCGCGGAAUACACUGAGACACAUAUUGAUCUCCAAAUAAAAGUUUAUGAUCAAAUGUCAACUAAAAAGAAUCUCUUGGCCACUGAUAUUUUCGAUAUAAUUUUAUCGAUAAGUUGUAAUAUUUGUAACUAAAAGUUUAUUUUAAAUACUCAAAAAUAUCUUCUAAUGAAAGUGAAUAGUUGGUAGAAAUUUUUCGUUUGUAAAAUACUAUUUGAUCGAACAUUUAGUAUGUGAUGUCUGCACUGGAAUGUAUAGGAUCGCUUCACGGAGUAGCCGAUAGUUGUCAUGUCUUGUAUGUUACUCGGUUUCACUUUCUGACUGCCACUGGUACUAAAAUAUUAUCUUUUACAGCAUCAAUAAUAUUUCUCACAGUAGCUUAGCAUGUCCAGUGUAACAAGUGAAAGAUAUUCUUUUAAUUAUUAUAACACUAGUGCGCAGUGUCAGUCAUAAAGUUAAACCUAAUUAUAUAAAUGUAAUGCUAAGUUUUGUAUGCAAUAAAGUCUGAUAUUUUUUAAAUCUUCACGAUUUACUUUUUAUAUUUGGCCGUUGAUCCGCCACUGGGCUGUAUGGCUCACUUUUAACUUACGUUUACUAUGAGAACUUACUCAGAAUCACAUGAACAUACUCUCGUACGCUAGAAGGUGUGGUUGCUGAGGGAGGCUGGAUGUGGCCUGCUCUGUUUCACGCAGUGGAGCAGGGCGUGUCAGUUCUAGUUAGUUAUGUGUCGUUGUGUGCGCUCUCGCAUAUGCUACGAGCGUGACGAUGUAUGCCAUUACGAUAUAGUGUACUGUGUGCGUCCGCACGCGGCACUCAUUUGUUUAGCAUAAUAUACUGUUAUCGGGGCCACAUGUCUGUAUCUAGUUGGUCCCAACUGCCAACACGAACUAAGUUAAGUCCAUUCGCAAUGUUAGCAUCCUGUAGAGGAUAUCUAGAGCGCCUCCCCCUCUAAGUACGUCACGUGUCGAUAGCAACUGUCGAGUAGGCUUAAACUUUUAUAAUUAUCGUGUUUCACAGUUGCUGUCAACAGAUGGCGGUGGUUUCAAAACUUAUAUUCCUAAUGUACUUGUAAUUUUCUAUAGGCUAGUAUUAGUUCACAAAUGUAUGGAUUAUGUACCUACGUGUAUGUAUGUAUAUCGAAGUCACAGGAACAAAAUGAUUGAUAUAAAGCAGGAAAUAUACAGAUUUGCAAAA